AUGCACCAAGUAUCCCUGUCUGCAUCUGAGGUGAACAAGGGUAGCAUUGUACGCAGGAGGGAUCCAGAGGACACUUCUGAGUGGCAGUUCUGCUUGAAGAAGGAGCAAAAAUGGGAGCAGACUGAAACCAAGCAUGAGCACAAAGGGCACCAAGUUGGAAAGCAGGAAGCUGUCUCUUGGAUGAAGCUCAAAGCUGCUGCUGGUGUUGGGACACAAGAAGGUAAUGCCACAGAGGCCUUGGAGGCUGUGUGUGGCAGGAAGGGCAAGGCAGCUUUGGCCAUCGAAGAUGGCAAUGCAAAAGAAAGUGAAGAUGAGAGCCCAGCAAAGCCAGCAAGCUCCAAGAAGAAGAAGAAGAAGCAGGAUGCUGAUGAGGUGGAGGCAGAUGUGCUCAGUGACAUGGGAGGCACACCUGCAUUCCAGGAAUGCAAAGUCAGGGUGUCCAAGAUGCUGAAGCUCCUGCAAAAGGUGAGGAAAGAAGUUGGCAGCAGCCAUGAUGCUUGCCUCAGGGAGCCUGAGUCAGCACUCAAGGCACUUCUGAAGAAGAAGGCAUCUGCAGAGGUGGCCAAGAAGAAGCUGUUUGACUGUGCACUUGCCAUCAAAAAGACCAAAAG